CCUCCUGAUUGCGGGGUACCUAAUAAUAAGACUUUUAGGGCGGGUUUAUAAAGGCAAGGCUGGAGACAAGUGUCAUGUGGGCAGCAGCUCGCCUCGCCGAGGAGUGGCGAGGCAGCAGGGCUGAGUGAAGACAGGGUUUGGUCGGGGUUUUCCACCCCCAUCUGUCCGUCUGUCUUUUGGUCAUCUGGAAUGCUGCAAGUGAGGUCGCGGCGAAGCUGAGCGCGAAGACAGGGAGCCCGGCGGGAAGGGUUCGCUGUGGAGGCUGCCGGGCAAUGAAGCGCCAAAAGCUGGCUGUGGCAGCUGGCUUCUGCCUGUCCUUCUUGCUGGGCACUUUGCUCAACGUCUUAUUCAUCCCGGCCUUUGAUCCCCUUCAGCAACAACAGCAGCAAAAUGCGGGCAUCGCGCACUCGCUGGCGGGCUCUCCUCUGGACGUGUCCUGGGAGGCGGAAAGGAGAAGCAGCGGCCGUCACCGGCGCUGGGAUCUAGCUCGGCAGAUCCGAGAGCGCUACGAAGAGGUGCUGCGGUACCAACAGAGGCAGCACGGGGAAGCGGGAGUGGCGGGAGCCGCUGCCAAGCCCCGGCCGGCGGUGAGACCGCUGGAGAGGCGGCUCAUGGAUCUCGCGCCGCCGAGGCUCCCCUCUUCGUCCACGGAGCGCAGCCCACGGGUGCUCCAGCCCAAUUCGGCCGGUGUCGUCGCCUCUGGGGCGCCCUGGGCCCCCGGAUCCCAACUAGAACUCUCUCUGGGCCCGCUUCGGUUGGGAUGCCGGGACAUUAGCAACGUGACAGAGGUGCAUUACCUGGGCUCUGGCUACACCAAAGCGGUCUACAAAGUGGUGCUCAACCGGAGCCUGGCGGUGGCCCUGAAAUCCGUCGAUUUUGGGGGGCACGACAUCGACAACUGCGUCAAGCUCUAUGGGUCUCUGGAAGACUGUUACAGGCUGGCCUCCUAUAAGAUUAUCAAGGAGAUGGUCCUUUUGCAGCGCUUGCAGCACCCCAACAUCCUCCAGCUUCAUGGAUACUGUUACCAAGACAGCAAUGACAUCUCAGACACAUUGACUGCCAUCACAGAACUAGGUUCGCCACUAGAGAUGAUACAGCUUUUGCAGACUUCCUGGGAGGACAGAUUCCAUAUAUGCUUCAGCUUAGUUCAGCUUCUGCAUUACCUGGCCCAUUCUCCUCUUGGCUCGGUAACUCUAUUGGAUUUCCGACCUCGACAAUUUGUGAUUGUGGAUGGAGAGCUCAAAGUGACAGAUCUGGAUGAUGCAAGCAAUGAGGAAACCUCCUGCACUAGCAGCAGGGAUUGUUUCAUGGAAUUUCCAGCAAGAAAUUUCACUCUUCCUUGUUCUGUUGAUGGCAAAUGCCAAAGUAUGAAUGAGAAGAGGAAUCUUUACAAUGCAUACAGGUUUUUCUUUACAUAUCUCCUGCCACACAGUGCCCCUUCAUCCCUGAAACCAUUGCUUGACGUGAUAGUCAAUGCUACCGGAGAACUUCGGUGGGGAAUAGAUGAAACAGCUGUUCACCUUGAAAGAGUUUUGUAUUUAUACAAGAGUGGCAUAUAUCUUAAGAACUCUACAUGGACACGCAAAUCAGAUUAUAAAAGAGUGCCUGAAGCUACAAUAAUCAAUGACAAUUACAGAUGCUGGCCAUCCUACCAUCACAAAGGAUGUCUCCUUUCUGUAUUUGAUGUAAAUGAGGCCAUAGAGGUAUGCGAGAGUCAUUCACAGUGCAAAGCUUUCGUCUUCACCAACCAAACAACUUGGACAGGUCGUCAACUUGUCUACUUCAAGAUGGGAUCCACUUCCAUUGUGGCUGACCAUGACAAGAUAACAUACGUGAAAGUGACUGGAUGAAGCUUACGUGUUCUAUAAACUCAAUUCUGGGCAGGUUUACUCAAACUACUACAUGCCUUACUCCAUAGUAAGUGCACACAGGUUUGCUACCCUGGUUCAAUUGGUCAAUAUGACAACAAUUGGCUUUUUAAUGAAAAUGGCUGUUGCGUGCAAAGAAGCUGAGAAUGGGGAGGAAAUUGCACUCAUCUUAAUCUAUAAAGUGUGAAACAUAACUUUAAGAAGAGACCUGCAUUACCAGGAGGAACGUGCAAUAUAAUGACAUUUUUAAAAUGUGACUCUAUAUGAUGAAGCAGAAUGAAAUCCAAAAUGUGACACACUGCAUGGCUAGCCUUAUGGUGUUAGGAAGCAGCAGGCCCCUCAAGGGUGCUUUUCUUACUAGAAUUAUACACCCUAUGUACAAUUUUGCUUAGGGUUGGUUGAAAAUUCUUCCUUUUCAUAAGAAGCCCAGGACUACUUAUUCCAAUAUUUAUGUGAGUAAGUACAAUUAAUGCAGCACUGUUAAAUCUCUUGAAGAUCAAGCCUUCUGGAAGACAAUCACGACUUCUAUGGUUGUAUGAAAUAUAGAAGAGCAAACAUCACGGUGGUCCUGGGGUAAGGGAUCGAUAUGCUAUCAGAGUUGCCAUCCGAUUUUUAAAAUAUAGUAAUUCUAUCAGUUUUCAUUAAACUAGCAAAAUUUGUGGAAAAAAAAUACGCUCAAUUGCACAGCUUGCAGUAGAUAUUAUCUUAAAAGAAACCUUGCUUCACUUUAAUAGAGGAGGAAAUCAAAGAUGCGGUUCAGUCAUUUUAGCCUUCAGAUAUAACGACCUCAUGGGGUGUAUUCUCUCUUGAGGGUAUCAAGUAUUACUUCACUGACUUUAGCAUAUCACAAGCUAAUUCUGCAGCUCUUGGGACUCAGUUUGCUGAAUGGGGCUCUGAAUUUUUUACCCAAAUGUCCCCCUGGUAGCACCACUGGAAAUAAUGCCACUUUUAAAGUUGCACUUGUCAUCUGCAGUUUUAAUCUGUACAUGUAAUAAAAUUAUGCAUUUCAUCUGCUGCUCUAUUACUUUUUAAAAAAUUGAUUAAUAUGCUUUUAAUCAGUCUAAUUGGUUAAUUGACUGAAUGUUGCAGUUGUAGUACCUUUACAGUCAAUCAUAUAGCCAAUGUUUAGUUUAACAUUUAGUUAAACUAGAAGUUGCUCCUUGUUGUGAUGAAUGAAGUAAGAGAGAGCUAUACACUGGUAAGCCUAUGAGUGUGAGUGUGUGUUAGUAAAUGAGCAGGGAAACCUCUGUCUCCAGGAUCACACCCUUAACUGAACCCAUUUACUUUUCCCAUAUAGGUGAAUGUAUCUCACACAGCUUCAGAAAUUAAAAGACCAAAAGACAUGGGGACUAACCAUAUUCCUGUUAGUAAGAGAAAGGAAAGGAGAUAUUAUCAUGCUACAGAAACUUCUGAAAAUUGUAGUCUGUUUAUUUUAUCCCAUUGGACUUCAUAGGAACCUCCAGCAAUUGAGCCUAUAAAGUUCUACAUAGCUUCUGUUAGGUUUCAUUUCUUGGUUAUAUUGAUCCAAGGUUAUAGGAAUGAAUUGAUCAAGUUAUGAUGCAUAUCUAAAUAUCAGUUCAACAUUUUGUUUGUGUAUAUUCCGGUCUCCCAUUUUAUCGUAGAAUGGGACACUGGAAUAUCACAAACAGAAUUUUGAAUUGGCAUUCAGACAUGCAUCAUAACUUGAUCAAUUCAUUCCUAUAGCCUUGGAUCAAUAUUUAGAAUUGAUUAGUAUUAAUUUGAUAGAAACCUAAAAGUUUUGAAAUCUAAGACUAAAGUGUACACUUGAUGUGCUGCACACAUGGAGAUGUUUAAUGAACUGAAAAGUCUGGAUACUCACAUUGAUGGAAUGGCCUAUCCAUAUUUCUCUCCAAGGGACACUACUAUGAAAGAUAUUCUCAGUUGCUUUUGGUUCUGAAAAUUGAUGGAAUUGUCCCUAGAGGAGGCAAUAUAAAUGCUGACAUAACAUCCUGCAAAUCUAGGUGUUCAGAAAACUAAGGGGAAAAAAACCCCUUUGUGAACUUUAUUUGGGUCUAGUCUCUUUUGUUUAUCCAAAAGCAGAGAAAAAUGUAUCCCGUCAUAUCAGCAUAGCAACUACCACUAAUGAAAGAUGUAAUUUUUCCAGAGUAUUUACAACAAAAGAUAAAUUUCUGCUGGGUGAAUGUUUGGAAUUCUUAAACUGUUGCUUACUAGCUUUAAAAAUAAAUGUUCUUAACAACAGCAAGUGAACCCAAGCCUUAAUAUUGCAAAACUUAUUACAGGCAAAGUGUAUAUAUGUAGAUUAUAUGCUUUCAAUGAAAGCAAGCAAGAAAAUGUUAAACGUGACAAAUGUCAUGCUAUUACCUAGUUUGUACAUCCAGGAAACCUUUCUACUUUUGUUCUUAAAUUGUUUAUUUUUAUAUGAAAAUAAAAUGAAAUGGAUGGA